GUCAGUGUGCGUGAGACCACAGGGUGGAUCACGGACAGAAUGGCAGCGAUGAAGCUGCUGUGUCAUCGCGAGAUUUGAAUCUCUGGUCGUCAUUUGAAAGAUGGCUGCUGAGGCGCGUUCUGUGACCGAGAGAGACACAGCAGACGGCGAUUCUUCAUUUGGAGAUCUGACCACAAACAUGGAGACUGAGUCUUCCAGUGGAAAAGAUACAAUGGACACGGCCGGGGACAGUUCUGAGGCGGCGGACACACAGACGGGCUCUGGAGACGACGAGAGCGGCCGUCAGCUGGGGGAAGUGGAGCUGCAGUGUGCGCUUUGCAUGAAGUGGUUUACAGCAGACACGUUCAGCAUUGACACGGCAACUUGCCUGCCGUUCAUGACCAAUUAUGUGUUUCACUGCAACGUGUGUCACCACAGUGGGAACACAUACUUUUUGAGGAAACAAGCAAAUCUGAAGGAGAUGUGUCUCACCGCUUUGGCAAAUCUGACAUGGAGGUCCAGAACUCAAGAGGAGCAUCCCAAAACAAUGUUCUCUAAAGAUAAGGACAUCAUUCCUUUCAUUGACAAAUACUGGGAGUGUAUGACGACCCGUCAGAGGCCUGGCAAACUGACAUGGCCAAAUAAUAUUGUCAAGACUAUGAUUAAAGAGCGUGAUGUUUUCCUGGUGAAAGAACAUCCCGACCCCGGCAGCAAAGACCCUGAAGAGGACUAUCCCAAAUUUGGUUUGCUUGAUCAGGAUCUGGGCAAUAUUGGGCCGUCGUAUGACAACCAGAAGCAGGUGACAACCAUCACCGGUGCUGGAGGGUUGAACGCUGUGCGUUGUAUUCCAGGUGGAUCAAGUUUUUCAGGUGGGCUUCCUCCAGCGGCUACAGGAAAAGGAAGAGGAGCCAAACGCAAACAACAGCAGCUACAAGAUGGAGCCGCAGCUGGAACGGCCAAGAGAACCCGCAGUGACCCGCUGUUCUCAGCGCAGCGCCUGCCACCUCAUGGUUACCCUCUUGAGCACCCCUUCAACAAGGAUGGGUAUCGCUACAUCCUAGCCGAGCCGGAUCCUCACGCUCCUGACCCGGAGAAACUGGAGCUGGACUGCUGGGCCGGGAAGCCCAUCCCUGGAGACCUGUACCGCGCGUGUCUGUAUGAGCGCGUGCUGCUGGCGCUGCACGACAGAGCUCCACAGUUAAAGAUUUCAGACGACCGCUUGACGGUGACCGGAGAGAAGGGCUACUCGAUGGUCCGAGCGUCUCAUGGGGUCAGAAAGGGCUCGUGGUAUUUUGAGGUCACUGUGGACGAGAUGCCUCCGGACACUGCGGCUCGGCUGGGCUGGUCGCAGCCUUUAGGAAACCUUCAAGCUCCUCUGGGUUAUGAUAAGUUCAGCUACUCGUGGCGCAGUAAGAAAGGAACACGCUUCCAUCAGUCCAUCGGAAAGCAUUACUCUGACGGCUACGGUCAGGGCGACAUCUUGGGCUUUUUCAUCCAGCUUCCAGACGAGACCGAAACCGCCAAGGCUCUGCCUGACACGUACAAGGACAAGGCGCUGAUCAAAUUCAAAAGCUACUUGUACUUUGAAGAGAAAGAUUACGUGGACAAGGCCGAGAAGAAUUUAAAACCCACCAGUAUCAGCCGAAUGAUAUUUUUCAAGAACGGAGCGAAUCAAGGUGUGGCCUAUGAGAAUCUGUUUGAGGGGAUGUACUACCCCGCCAUAUCCCUCUACAAGAGCUGCACGGUGUCUGUUAAUUUCGGACCACACUUUAAAUACCCACCAAAAGACAUCACAUAUCAGCCAAUGAGUGACAUGGGUUGGGGUGCAGUCAUUGAACACACGCUGGCAGACAUGCUGUACCACGUGGAGACAGACGUAGACGGCCGGCGGAGCCCACCGUGGGAAGGUUGAAGACCGACACUGUCUGAGAACACAGACUGACUGAUAUGGAUGCCAUAUUCAUAGCCCAUGUAUCUGAAAACUAUUCCGUCAUGCUUUUCAUGUACCAUUCUCUAUGACCAAGAAAUGUCGAAUAUAUUUGAUUAAAUCAUCUGUUUUGUAUCGGUUGCAGUUGUACCCGUCCCUUGUUUUUCAUGCAGGAUUGAGAAGGGUUUUCUCAUAGAAAUCAACAUGCAUGUCUCAUACUUCAGUUUUCUUUUUAUGAAAUAUCAUAGUGCACCAGAGCAUGAUGUUGAUAGAUGAAUCCAGUUAGAUUAUGAUGUAUUUGGGGUGGUGUGUCUUAUGCAAGAAGUUAAUGUUUCGUUACAUUUCCUCAUACCGCAGAUCUAUCUUGGUAUCAGUCAUUUCAUUUCCUUUUACAGCAUCCUUAUUAGUGAACUGCAUCAGUGGUGUUUUUACCCUUAAAGCACAUUAACCUGUUAAAGGCAGACGUUCAGUUGUGUGUUUGACCUGAGUGUGUUCUCAGAGGUCAUGUGUUUCCAUUCAUGGUUUUUUAUCUGUUGUUUAUUUGUUAAUUGGUUUGUAGUCAUUCAGAUAGGUGUAAAAUAUCUUUUUUUGUAAACCAUGUUUUAUACACAAACUUGUUUUAAUAAAGUUACUCUUAAGACUUUAA